AUGCAGUUGUCCGUCCUUACUGUUCUCGCCGUCCAGGCCCUCGUGGCCGUUGCCGCCCCUGUUGCCGAUUAUGCCGACCUCGCCAAGGACAGCAUUGUCAUCAAGUCUGCCGGUACCUACAAGCGUGGCGAGGAAUACGCUGCGGCAGCCAAGAACUCCAUCCAGAUUAAGUCCGCUGGCACAUACAAGCGCGACGAGGAAUACGCCGAGGCAGCCAAGAACUCCAUCCAGAUCAAGUCCGCUGGCACAUACAAGCGCGACGAGGAAUACGCCGAGGCAGCCAAGAACUCUAUCCAGAUCAAGUCUGCUGGUACCUACAAGCGAAACGAGGAGUAUGCCGACCUCGCCAAGGACAGCAUUGUCAUCAAGUCUGCCGGAACCUACAAGCGUGGCGAGGAAUACGCUGAGGCAGCCAAGAACUCUAUCCAAAUCAAGUCUGCUGGUACCUACAAGCGUGGCGAAGAGUACGCUGAGGCAGCCAAGAACUCCAUUCAGAUCAAGUCUGCUGGUACCUACAAACGCGAUGAGGAGUACGCCGAUCUGGCAAAGGAUAGCAUCGUCAUCAAGUCUGCUGGUACCUACUAA